AUGCGCAUUUCUGCCGUGUCGAAGUGGUCUGGAAUUGUUAUUUGUCGAAAUCCCUCCGUUCGAAUUCAAGAAUGGGAUGAUAUUGUACAGUGGAAAUUCCCAUGUGCGCUAAGCCAGGAGCGUCUUGAUGUAACGUCGGGCUGUGAUCUCACGUUUGUAGAUCGUCGAGUUGACCACUCAACCACGUUUACUAGCAGCGUCAUCGAAAACGAAGGCCCAUAUCGUACGAAAGGAAACAAAAAACUCUCUUAUAUUGCCAAAGCUAAUAAUGAUGUUACCUUUUGA